AUGCAAAAGACUCUCGCGAUCCUACUCACACUCAGUCUCGCUCGUUCGGCCAAUCGUUUGUUCUCAAAAUGGACUCUGCAAAAUUGGGCCCGCAAUGAAACCUGGCAGCCCGCUCAUAUUGUAGAUGUUGCCCUGAAUAUUCGAACCAACCAUGGUGAGCCGGCAGUGUUGAUCAAGAAUGCUGGUCUUGCGCAUUAUGAGAUGAUUCUUGACAAGCCCGAGGCAAAGAUUCGGCAAACGUUCGAGGACAAUACCCUUUCGCAUUUCCUUACGGUCAAGUAG